UUGAACCAAAGAAUGUCAUCUGGCUCCACUGUGCAUCGUCGUGAAUCUAAAGCACGUGGAGCAGACGCGACUUGUAUGGCAAUGGCACCUUUAUCGCGCGUCAGCGCGCCACCGUCGUAUGAUGUAACUGCUCGCUGAUAUUUCGGACGCGCGUCGCGAAGGACGUGCACUUGGCCGCGGUGUGGCGGAGAAAAGCCGUGAGAGAGGGGUGAGACGAGAGAGUUCGUUUGUUCGCCCGUCCGUCGACACAAGUGUGCGAUGCACUCCACGCGACGCGCAGGGCUCGAACUGGAGGAUUAGCCGCGGCGGACCCUCCCCGCAGGUUGCAGAAACGCUUCGCUCUGCUUCCUCAAGCUGAUCCAAGUGAUUUGCCGUCUGGAAUGCCGAGCUGGAAAUUUCACCUCACAGGCCGCAAAGAAAAGAGAGAAAUGAGACAAAAGAAUGAGAGACUCUGGAUCUCCGAAUUUGAAUCAGCGAUAAGAAACGAUUUCAGGCACGUGUCGUUGCCACUGAUGCGGUCGUCUCGACAGAUAUCUCGGAUCCUUAAGCCUCCUAUUACACAGGCAAGGAGCGUCUCUGUGUUAUUCGACCUUUCGAGACGACGGGAAGGAAUAGCCGAGAGACUCGGCAGUUACCGCGACGUCGUCCUCGCUUCCACGCGCCGAUAACUAGCCCGGAACGCCGGCGUGCAGAUAAGAUAUCAACGAACCAGGCAAUAUGGCCGACGAGAGAAACAGAGCGCCGACGGAGCUGGACACUUUCCUCCCUCAGGAUGGGUCGCAUAUGAAGGACGGUGUCUUGUCGUAUAAGGUGCAGGUCGCGCCGCUGGAUGUCGAAGGUGGACAAGGGGACGGGAAGGGCUUCGACCCCUUCGCCGAGCGCAAAGUGGACAAUCCGACGACGGAUUGCGACACGCUGACGCAUUUGCUGAAGGCCUCCCUCGGCACCGGCAUAUUGGCCAUGCCCAUCGCCUUCAAGAACGCCGGACUGCUCGUGGGCUGCUUCGCCACGAUACUCGUCGCGUUCGUGUGCACGCACUGCGCCUACAUACUGGUGAAAUGCGCCCACAUGCUCUACUACAAGACCCGGACGACGGAGAUGAGUUUCGCGGACGUCGCAGAGACGGCCUUCAGCGCCGGACCACCGUGGGCGAAGAAGUUCGCGAAACCUUCCAGGUACCUUAUUCAGGUCAGCUUGUUCGCCACCUAUUUCGGCACUUGCAGCGUUUACGCAGUCAUCGUCGCCGCGAACUUUAAGCAGAUCAUCGAGCAUUACCAAGGCCCCGAGAUGGGCGAGUACAGCAUCCGGCUGAUCACUGCUUACUGGCUGAUACCGUUGAUCCUGCUGAGCUGGGUACCGGACUUGAAGUACCUCGCACCGGUCUCGAUGGUGGCGAACAUUUUCAUGGGUACCGGACUCGGUAUAACGUUCUAUUAUUUAGUUUGGGACUUGCCGUCGUUGGACUCGGUGCCGUUAGUGGCGCCGGUCGAGAACUUUCCGCAGUUCUUCAGCAUCACCGUCUUCGCCAUGGAGGCGAUCGGCGUGGUGAUGCCGUUGGAAAACAGCAUGAAGACGCCGCAGCACUUUGUGGGGAUCUGCGGGGUUCUUAACAAGGGAAUGUCCGGAGUUACGUUAGUGUACAUUUUCCUCGGAUUCCUCGGCUACCUGAAGUACCAGGACGCAACGUUGGGUAGCAUCACUCUGAAUCUGCCGACGGAGGAAAUUCCGGCGCAAGUUGUGAAGAUACUGAUCGCACUGGCUGUGUUCUGCACGUUCGGCCUGCAGUUUUAUGUGUGUCUCGACAUCGGAUGGAACGCAAUUAAAGACCGCUUCCACAAGAGGCCGCGGUUAGCUAAUUACAUUAUGAGAACGGUGCUGGUAACUGGCGCAGUUCUCCUCGCUGUGGCGGUGCCAACGAUAGAACCGUUCAUCGGCCUAAUCGGUGCAUUUUGCUUCUCUAUCUUGGGCCUGCUGAUCCCAGUUUUCAUCGAGACCGUGACCUAUUGGGACGUUGGUUUUGGGCCGGGCAACUGGGUUGCCUUGAAGAACGUCAUCAUAACCGUGAUAGGCUUGAUGGCACUGAUAUUCGGAUCGCGCGGUGCCAUAAUGGAUAUAGUAGCAUUGUAUACUUGAUAAAGAAAGUACCGCUUGUUUUCCAUUUAGUGCAAAUGGUUCGAUGGAUAUGCAAUGAACUUUUUUUUUUUUAUUACGUCUAAACUCUGCUCUCCAUAUGGCUAGUUAAUGGUGUUUCAGAACGAAUUCAACCCGAGGUCGCGCUCGCGGGCGGGCGAGCAUUGGACUACCGGACACGAUCGAUCUAUUUAGGCUGUGUCUGCGUUAGUUCAGGCUUUCUAACAAUAUAACACUUUUUGAGUUUUGAGGUCUCAAACUUGUCAAAUUUCAAUUUUCGUAUCCUCUGUCGUUUAGAUAUCUCGAUUAUUUAACAUUCUAUUACUUAGGAGUUGUUUCCCUCGGUAAACAAUUAUCUCUCUCUUUUGUUCCUACAUUGCAUAUUGUAACAAAGUGUAGAAAGUUAGCCACCUUCUAGGAAUCUUAUGCCGACCGUGUGUAAUGGUCAGAAGAUGAACGGGAACGUAGAUUUAGGAAUAAUGACAGUAUUCAUUCAGUGAAUGGGGAAGGGGGAGAAAACUCGUUGCGAAGCAACGGCUGGAUCAUCACGAUCGUGAUAUACAAUUAUAUCCGAAAAAGCGUUGAGUUCGCGUACAGAAUAAUUUCCAUACUGUCGAAACGUCCCACUGUCCACACACAAUUUCAUGAGACGUGGCAACUAUAGAAAAUUGUAUCUUACGGAGCGCUAAGCUAACUUAUCAGCCUGCGAUUUCCGCAAUUUCGCUUUGCAGAAAGAUAUCCUGAAAAACGCGAGCCGGGCACAUUUUUACUGAAUCCUCCGAUACACACGAUGUAACUUGAUUGGUUAAUAUAGUUACGUAGUCCUUGCAGUCUCGAUCAUACUCUAACGUUCGAUGUCGUAAUUGUAGGCAAGAUUUAAAAACUGUACUGUGGAGGCUGAGUAAUGAUAACGUCCGAACAAAAACGACAGAUCUGUAUGCGAGAAUGUGAAUGUACACAAUCUAGGUGAAAGGAAAUAUUGCUCAAGCAAGAUGGGUCUUCCUGCAUUGCAUUUAAAAUUGUCAUUACGAUAUGCCUUUGUGUACUGAUGUGCACGGAAGCCGCGUGUACCACGUGUCUUUCUCGUCUUUUUUUACGAACAGACAAGCGUUUGUACCGACACAAAAUGGAGUUUUUACUAUUUAAGAUACAAGAUUUGUAACACAAUGCACUGGCUGCAAUUAUGAAAUAUGAGCAAUUUUACAUUUUA